CGCGCGCGGGGGCUUGUGGGAUCGGCGGCGGCGGCGGUGGUCUCCAUCAUGGCGGCUUCCAUCUCGGGCUACACGUUCAGUUCUGUCUGCUACUACAGCGCCAACAGCAGCGCCGACCACGAAGGAUUUCUGCUAGGAGAGGUGAGACAAGAAGAGACUUUUAGCAUUAGCGAUUCACAGAUCAGCAACACUGAAUUUCUACAAGUCAUUGAAAUCCAUAACCAUGAGCCUUGUUCAAAACUGUUUAGCUUUUACGACUAUGCAGGCAAAGUUAAUGAGGAGAGUUUGGACAGAAUUCUUAAGGACCGAAGAAAAAACGUUAUUGGAUGGUACAGAUUUAGGAGAAACACUCAGCAGCAAAUGUCAUAUAGAGAGCACAUCAUUCACAAACAGCUGACACACAUUCUUGGAGUGCCUGAUCUUGUCUUCCUUCUCUUCAGCUUCAUUUCCACGGCAAAUAACUCAACACAUGCUUUAGAAUAUGUGCUUUUUAGACCAAACCGAAGGUAUAAUCAAAGGGUGUCACUUACUAUUCCUAAUCUAGGCAACACUAGUCAACAGGAAUACAAAGUUUCUUCAGUGCCAAAUACUUCUCAGAAUUAUGCCAAAGUUAUUAAGGAACACGGUACUGAUUUUUUUGACAAAGAUGGGGUGAUGAAGGACAUCAGGGCUAUAUAUCAGGUUUAUAAUGCACUUCAGGAAAAAGUACAGGCAGUAUGUAUAGAUGUAGAAAAAAGUGAACGUGUUGUUGAAUCUUUUCAAGCGGAUGUAAACAAGUUAAAAAGGCAAAUCGCACAAAAGAAAAACGAAAAAGAACAAGAAAUAAGAAUGCAGCAAGCAAUUUUAAGCAGGCAAAUGCCAACAGAUAACUUGGAACCUCUGUUUGUUCCCCGAAUGUCCUACACUGGAUUUGCUGUGGAAGGCUGCACGCUUGAAGAUUCAGAUGUCUCCGAUCCUCCCCCGCCGUACUCCGAUUUCAACACGAGCAGUCAGGAAAGUACUGUGGGGCACGCUCUCCUGGAGAGCAACGUGUUCAUGCCUCGACCCCAAGCAGUCGGUUCUUCCAGUUACGUUUCCACAAACGCAGGAUUGAAAUAUUCUGGUAACGGGGCGUCCAUGCCAUCUUCCCAAAGAGCGGUUGGUGACAAUGUUGAGGAGUCAGAAGACAGUGAUUACGAAAACUUGCUCGAACCCACAGAGUCCUCCGACAGCGAAUACUCACAGACGAGGGAUUCCCGACCUUCGGCGCAUCCCGACGGCGACUCCAGGAACACUCAAACUUCUCAGAUUUGAUAGAGGGGGGUGAACAACGACAACAACAACAACAACAAUAAAAAAGAAUAAUCCACGUGACACUGUCCUCUUUUCGUAAUCGUUGCAGAGAGAUUUUGGGGAUUGAACCUGGAGGAAAUGAACUACACAGGAUUCCUGUGCACACAAAAUGUAGAAGACUUGCACUAGAUGGUUUAUUCACGUUGUGAUACAUUUUGCAAGUUUUAUAAUGGAAUCAUUAGGAUAAUCAAGUUGUACUAAUACUGAUGAGGUUCAUGGAUGUACUGGUAAAUUUAGGCAAAAAUGAAAUUUAUAGAGAUCUUCUAGCUUUUGUUGCCGUAUUUUCUUUAAGACAAUAAAUUGGGAUGUAGUAACUAAGCACAGUUAGUCUACAAAUAAUGUUCUCAAAUCAAAACUUACCUCUUGCACUAUCAUGCCUUGAAUUUUAAUUUUUGAAAGGGAAUAGAUAUAUCAGCCGCCUUCAAAACAGCUUUCUCUGGGAAGCCAAAUUGGCCUUUGCAAGCGGAGAAAUGUUGAUAAUUCCGAGAAGCCUGGGUGGAACCCAUGUGGUGUACCUUCUUCGAGCGGCGUUGCUCUUUUCACAGAGGAGGGGGUUUGUUUUAAAUUUUUUUUACUAGCCGAAUGUGUGUAUCACUUCAAAUGAUGGUUGCCUUUUUUUCUGUAAAGGGGAGGGGGGAGGGAUGACCGGUAAAUCAUCCGAAUGAAUGUCAUAAAUAUAAUUAUUCCGGUUUCGCUGGGUUUACAGUGACUUUAUGCCACACUAGCCUCAUUUAUUGUCUCGUUGGUUAUUUUAGCAUCAGUAUGAAGUGCACAUACAGGAGUCAGUGACUGACAGAAGUAGUAAAUUCCAUCAUGAUUGGACUUUGGAGUCUGCAAAUUACAAACAUCAGAGACUGCUUCGUGCGUUUUAUUUGCGUCUGAAUAUUGGAUUUACGCUUCUAGAUGAGUUAUUUUAUGUAAUAAAUGGGGGCUAGGGUAGGAGAAGAUUGUUUGGAGAGUCCCCUGGGUUUAUUACCUCUUUCCCUCUGGGUGAAAUAUGUAAAUGAUUAUUUUAAUUUGAAUUACAGCUCUUGUCAGAAAAUUGCCGUUUGGGAUAAAUGAAGUGUGGUAUAUUUAGAGAAUUUCAUGUUUGGAUGCACUUAUUUUUAUUUAAAUACUGCUUGUAUGCUAACGUUGCCCAAAAUAUGUAAAAUUGUGCCACUAAGAAGUUUGUAUUAUUGGAUUUAAUCCCUGAUCUGUGAGAAAAUCCACAUUUUAAGAUGAGAUUCUCUUAAGCGUCUAUCACUUUGAGGUGUGAAUAACCACGUCACUGGUUUACACCCAGAACAGCAAAGCAGUCACUUAAAAGUUUAAAUACCGAAAUUUUAAGUCUUUUUUUAAAUCCCAGGUAUAUGUUGUAUACGUAGGCAAAAGCCUGGUCAUCAGCCUCUCCUCACCUCUACUAAAUGAAGCAAAACGCCUGGAAAAAACGUGAGGUGUUAAAAUUGCCCCUCUUCUUAUCGGGUUAUUUCCCCCUUUAAACACCUCGUGGUCAGUUUUAACUAUUUUUACGUUCUUCUCAUUAGCCUUAACUCGAUGAGUUUUGUCUCUGAGCGUUGCAAUCCAUUUGGGAGAGAACUCGCCCCGGUGUCACCGAGCGCCCGUGGGCCAGCGGUUCCAGAUGUGCCUCUGUGGGAGUCAGAGUCCAUACAUGGCAACUACCAUUGAGGGUUUGGUUUUUUUUUUUAAUUUUUAUUCCGCACAGAAACCUGCAAAAUGUACAUCUCUGACGAAGCAGUUAAAUGUGACAAUAAAAUCUUAUUUAAUCCUGUAA